CCUGCCUGCAGACCCAAUCUAACUCGCCUGCACUUCCACUCAAGGUCACAACAACCCUCGACAGCAACCUAUUUGCCGAGAGAAAGUUUCCAUAGCAGCUAGCUCUAAAAUGUCCCUACCCCCUGGUCUGCCUUCAGAUAUACUGUCCAAGCUUCAUGAGCUGGACGAGGAACUGAGAGAGGGUGACAUCACUCAACAAGGCUACGAAAAAAAGAAGUCGAAACUCCUUUCUCCGUAUUUUGGUGCAGAGAAUGGAAGUGGACGUCACACUCCUCGCGCUGCCUCUCCUAGUGUAGAGUACAUACGGAACACGGGCACUCCCACCAACUCUGGCUACAUACCCACUGCCGAGUCCAGAGCCCGUCAGGCUGCCGUGCAACAAGCGCUGGCAUCCACACUGGGAGAGGCCCUGCCCAUGUCCGAGAGGAGGUUCACCGGACCCAUCCCCCAGGUCCUGUCUCCCUCCGCCAGCGAUCAUGAGAUGAACAGAACACCCAGAUCUGCCAGUGCCCACCCCCCCUCACCACGAGGGUCCCCUCCUCCAACAGCCCCCAAGACCAAGCCCCGUCACCCGGCCAGCUCCCCCCUGACUCAGACCACCUCUCCCCCUCCUCCCGAGAUAGUAGUGGGUGGGGAAUUCCCCUCUACAGCGGGCGGUGGUGGGGGCGUGUCUCACAAGAUCCAGCAACUGCUCAACACUUUGAAGAGGCCCAAGAAGAACAAGCGACCAAUGGAACAGUACUACCAGGAGGAGGAGAGCAGUGCUAGUGUCGAGGACCCGACUGCUCCGUGUCCAGUCGGCCCCACGAUGCAGCCGGCAGUGGGUGUGCCUCUAGAGAGCAGACAGGACUGGCACAGGAACUUGGAGGCCGCCAUACAACACCACAGCUCUACCCUCACCAAGUCUCCGGCCAUCUCUACUGUGGAUCUACACGGGAAGGUCUCAGUGGCCGUCACAUACGGCAAGUUGGCUGAUCGUUCCCAGAAGAUAGCCCACUACAUGCUCAACAAGCUGGGCGGUGGUAAGCUGGUCCAGCCCGGAGACAGAGUGGCCCUCGUGUUCCGGCCCGAUGAAGCCGCUCAGUUUGUGUGUGCCUUCUACGGCUGUAUCUUUGCAGCUGUCAUCCCAGUGGCCAUUGAGCCACCACUCACUAGAGAGGACCCAGGAGGCCAACAGGUCGGGUUCCUUCUCGGCUCUCUCAACAUCUCUGUGGCCCUGACCAGUGAGAUCACGGCGAGGGGUCUGCCUAAAGAGGAGGGAAAGGACCACAUUGUUCACUUCAAGAGCUGGCCUCGUCUCACAUGGUUUGUGACUGAGCACCUGCCCAAGCCUCCCAAAGAUUGGUCUCCUCCACAGAGGCCUCAGCCUGAUACCCCAGCUUACAUCGAGUAUUCGUCAGCCAAGGAUGGCUCUGCUCUGGGAGUGGCUGUGACUAGGAAUGCCAUGCUCACACACUGUCGAUCACUCACCACUGCUUGCGUGUACAGAGAAGGUGAGUGUAUGAUAUGCACUGAGGACCCGAAGCUCUCCAUUGGUCUGUGGCAUGGAGUGAUGGCGGCAGCCUAUAACGGGAUCCAUGUCGUGUACGUCGCACCCAGCGUCAUGGCAACCCUGCCCACUGCCUGGCUACACAUGAUUCACAAACACAAGGCGGUGUGUGUGGUAUCUUCAUCCCGUGCUCUGGGUGGGUGUAUCCAGCUGUCCAACCACAAGGAACUGAGGGACCUCAAACUGGACACUGUGAGGAUGAUGCUACUGGAGGACGGGGCCAACCCUUGGUCACUGGCCUCUUCCGACCUGUUCUAUGAUGCGUACGCCCCUAAGGGUCUCCGGAGAGAGGCGCUGUGUCCGUGUGCAGGCUCACCAGAAACACUCACUGUCUCUGUCAGAAGACCCACUGCGACAACGUCUACUGGCCGUGGUGUGAUGUCCAUCUCUGGUCUGAGCUACGGUGUUGUGAGGGUGGAGGAACCAGGCAGCAUCACUUCUCUCACUCUGCAGGAUGUCGGCAUUGUCAUGCCAGGAGCUCGUAUUUCGGUCGUGAGGACUGGCCACCUGCCCACACUCUGCAAGACUGAUGAAAUUGGUGAGAUCUGUGUGCAGAGUGCGGCCACUGGGGCUGCCUACUGGGGCCUGCAGGGGAAGACUGCACACGCCUUCAGAGUACAGCCCCUCGAUGAACAGGAGAAACCUGCUACUACUGGGGUGUAUGUUCGCACCGGGCUACUAGGGUUCGUGGGGACAGGGGGACUGGCGUUCGUCUGUGGGACUCUGGAUGGACUCAUACAGAUCGGUCCUCGUCGGCACAACACUGAGGACCUUAUUGCUACGGUGAUGGCCGUUGAACCACACUCUUUUGUCUACAAGGGCAGGAUUGCUGUGUUCUCUGUGCCAGUGCUGCGUGACGAGAGAGUGGUGGUUGUGGGGGAACAAAAGCCCAACUGUACCGAUGAAGAAGCAUUCACCUGGAUGAACAGUGUCGUCCCAGCUGUAGAGAGUAUCCACGGUGUCAACUUGUACGGCAUUGUAUUGGUUGGUAAUGGACAGCUGCCUCGUGGGGCCGGAGGGAUGGUACAAGUCCACGAGGCAAGACAGAGGUUUAUAGAGGGAUCGCUGCAUCCGGUCAACUUGUUGAUGUGUCCCUACCAGUGUGUCACCAACCUCCCAGUACCCAAGCCACACUCAUCUGUGACCGGAGCCGCCCAGUUGAUAGGAGAUCUGGUGACUGGUCGAGUGGCUGACAUAACCGGCCAGGCGUUCAACCUCCCUUAUGACGACGGUGACGGAGCUGGCAAGUUCCAGAAUCUUGGGGAGGUCCUCCGCUGGAGGGCACAGACUCAGCCAGACAACCUCCUCUACAGUCUACUAGACAGUAGGGGCCACUCUUUGCGAGCCAUGAACUGCAUCAAUCUCCACAAGCGUGCUGAACGUAUCGGGGCCUUCAUCUUGGACAAGCUACGGCUCAACUCUGGGGACCACAUUGCCCUCCUCUACCCACCCGGUAUUGAGCUCAUCGCUGCAUUCUAUGGCUGUCUGUACGUGGGGAUGGUCCCUGUCAUUAUCCGACCCCCCCUCAUGACCAACCUCCCUGGUAGUCUGCCCACCAUUAAGCUGACUCUGCAGAUCAGUAACUCUCGAGCCAUACUCUCGUCCAACAUUGUCCUCAAAAUCCUCAAGUCGAAGGAGGCUGCUCCGAUGCUUGACUUUAAGACCAUCCCUCCCCUGAUGGUCACUGAUGACCUACCCAAGAAGAAGAUAGAGAAGUACUACAAACCACCCACCCCUGAACUGAUAGCCUACCUCGAUUUCAGUGUCUCCACCACUGGAGUCCUGUCAGGGGUCAAGGUAUCCCAUGCUGCGAUCAUGGGCAUGUGUCGGGCCCACAAGCACAUCUGUGAGCUGUACCCCUCAAGAGAGGUGACCCUGUGUCUGGACCCUUACUCUGGCCUGGGGCUACUGCUCUGGGCUAUGUCCGGAGUGUAUGCUGGUCACCACACCUUCUUGAUCAGCCCGUACGACCUCGAGCUGAACCCUAUCCUCUGGUUGUCCGUGGUCAGCAACAACAAAGUUCGAGACACAUACGUUUCCUAUGCCACCAUUGACAUCUGCUGUAGAGAGUUGGGCAGCAGCACAGAGUCAUUAAAGACUCGGGGCAUUGACCUAUCGGUGGUUCGUACGUGUGUGGUGGUGAGUGAGGAGCGACCCAGGACCUCCCUCCUCUCAUCCUUUGCUGCCUUGUUCAGCCCCCUCGGACUAGCGUCACAUACAGUCAGUGCUUCGUUUGGCUGUCGAGUCAACUCUGUCAUCUGUCUACAAGGUCCCCAGCACCCCGAGCCGUCCAGUGUGUAUGUGGACCAGCGUGCUCUGAGAGUGGACAGGGUGACUGUGCUAGAGAGGGGGGCUCCUCACAGCGUCUGUCUAAUGGAGUGUGGGAAGAUUCUCCCCGAUGUGAAGUUGACCAUUGUCCACCCAGAUACGAAAAUUCCUUGUGCCCACACGGACCUGGGAGAGAUUUGGGUGAGCAGUCCUCACAAUGGCAGUGGUUAUUACGGGCUCAAGGAUGAGAUCAAUGAUGCCCUGUCUCGGGAGCACUUCAAGACAGUAGUACAGGGUGGAGGGGACACCAGUGUCCACUACGCCCGUACUGGCUACCUCGGCUUCAUGAUGAAGUCAGAGAAGACUGACAGGCAGGGAGCUAACUACGACAGUGUGUAUGUGGUGGGGGCGUUGGAUGAGGCUCUGAACAUUAGAGGGUUCCGAUACCACCCUGCUGAUAUUGAAGCUUCUGUGGUCCGCAGUCACAAGAAUGUUGUUGGAAGUGCUGUGUUCUCGUCCAAUCGCCUGCUGGUGGUGGUGGCUGAGCUAUCGGGAGAGGAGAGAGAAGCACUGGACAUUGUUCCUGUCAUCACCACGGCACUAUUGGAAGAGCAACAGCUGGUCACUGGCAUCGUGGUAGUCGUGGACCCCGGAACCAUCCCCAUCAACUCCAGAGGAGAGAAGCAACGCAUUCACCUCAGAGACUCUUUCCUUGCUGACGAAGUCGACCCCAUUUAUGUAGCCUACAAUUUGUAACCAAAACUCGUCUGUUAAUUGUAGUUACAGGCACUUUAUGUUUCAUCCACCACUGACACAAUAUAUUUUCUUUAUGUGUGCAGCUCAGUAGUUUGUAUUUAGAGUAUCGCCUACACUGUUGUACAUGCUCACAAUAGUUGUAUGCACUGUCUGCUUUACUGCUUUAUUAUUGUGUAUACUUUGAAA